UCAAGGACCAGGAUUGGGCACCCCUGGUCUAAUUCGUGGUGUCCUUUUGUGCAUCGGAACUGAAAUUCACGUCCUUGUUUCCCGCCGUUCUGGGAGGAGUUUGGGAGCUUGAUUCCGUUGCUGUGGAGCCGUUUGUGUGAAUGAGAGGAGAGAUACAAAUGGCUGCAAGAGAGAGAAUUUUGUUUGGGGAUAAUGCCGUUGAAAUGGAAAACAUGGAAGACGAAGAUUUUGCUGUUUCAAAUUCGUCCGAUGCAGAUGCUACAUUUGACACUGUUGUCGGAUACUUAGAGGAUAUAAUGAUGGGUGAUGAGUUUCAACAGCUUCAGGGAAACUUCAUGGAAAAGCAUUACCUGGAGUUUGAAGAUUCCGAGGAGAAUAAAUUAAGCUACACCCCCAUCUUCAAUGAACAUAUCGAUCUGCUGGAAAAGUAUAUUGAACAGCAGCUGAUAGAAAGGAUGCCUGGGUUCAGCAUGACAGCGUUUACCACAUCGUUACAACAGCAUAAAGAUGAGAUAGCGGGAGACAUAUUCGACAUGCUUCUGACAUUUACAGACUUCCUGGCCUUCAAAGAAAUGUUUCUUGAUUACAGAGCUGAGAAAGAAGGUCGAGGUUUUGAUCUCAGCAGUGGCCUGGUAGUGAGAUCAUUAACAACAUCCUCUUCUGCGUCCUUAACUGUUAACAACUGUCUGCCCUUUCAGUGACGUUUGACACCCAUUUAGGUAAACAUGGACUUGUAAACAUUCCAAUAUGUGACUCAUAAACUGACGUCCAUAUUUGAUGAAUGAGGUUUCUGUUCCCCAGCGCAAUCAAACAUGUACAAAAUAAUGUAGGUGUUGAUAGGGGAACAAGUCCAUCUUCAUGUUUUUUUUCUUCAAAUAAUUGCAAGGAUGGAAAUAAGGCUGGCUCCCAUUGCAUAGCAGUUUGAUCCAAACCAGGUUUCAUGAUGAGUUUAAGACAACACACCUGAAUUUGUUGUCUGUACACUGUUGUAAAUCAAGCUUGUAUUAAAACCUGGAAUCUGUGAAACUGCUAUGCAGUAGGAGUCUUAUUUCCAUCUGAAUUGGCAGCACUUCAGCCAUGAGAAAAGUAGUUUAUUCUUGUAUCACUGAUCAGCAUGGAUUGUGUUGAUGCUUUUAUUUUAUAUAAUGCCUCACAUUAUAUGUGUUUUUAUCAACAACAGACUACAUUACAACCAUGGUUAAUCUACAUACACCAGUAUUAUCUUUGGACAAUUAUGUUUAUUUGGAUAUUUAAUGUUAACAAUAGCAUUGAUCAAUUAAAGCACAUUGAGUGGGAGGGGUUGCCUCGUUUUCUUAGUAUUCACAUUUAUGGCCUGUAAGCACACUAUAGUGAACAUCAACUGUGUAAUUAAGGAAGAGGAAAGAGUUAAUCUAACCUUCGUUUAAUAGUAUGGCAUGUUUGGGUGUGAUCUCUACAUCUCUUAGACUGUCUGUAUGCCUGUACCUUUACUUGUAUAGAUACUUGUUAGAUUAGAAUUGCAUUACUUGUGUAUUUUCUUGUAUAGGUUUAUUUAUGUGAAGGGUUGAAUAUGUAACUGAAGCUUUCGUAUUUGUAUAUACACAAUAUGUAUUUGGAAUAAAAGUAUAUCUUUAAAAUCAAA